GCCGCGGCAGCCUGUGCCGGGAAUUCACAGAUUUGAUUGGCUGAGUAGCAUCACGUGGGAUGGCUUAACUGGAAUGCAAUUGGGUCAAUGGAUUUCCUGAUUCCCUAAACCAGUACCGUAAUGUCUAGAUACGCUGCUAGAUACGCUAAAUAAAAAUAUUUGAAUAAUUUAUUGACUAUAGGUCCGGGUCCAGGACGGCGUCGGGGUCCGGACCCGGACCGCGCUCCGCCUGUUAGUGACCCCCGCAUACACGAACGGCGUGGCUAGCUGGCAGCAGCAAACUUCAGCGACUAUUUUGCUGGCCGUGUCUUCUUUUUGACAAGGAUUCGUGCUCCCUUAACAAUCCCUGGGUCACUACAGGAUUCGUGGACCUUGCCAACUUGUCCCGGGCAAUCGAGAGGCACGGUAAAUCAAAAAGCCACAUAGACUGCGCUGUGAAACUGGCACUGUUUGGACGUGUCAGGAUUUAUGACUUUAGCGGCUUGUGCAUUUCGGUCGGGGAGGUGAGGAGGAUAUUAUCCCUCUAGGGGGGUCCGGGGUAUUCUCCCCCGGUAGAAAUGUUUGAAUAUUCCAUAUUUUUUAUUGGCAAAAACACACAAUACAUAACACAAACAUUAAACACUUGUCAAUACUCUCAGAACCAGAUCAAAUUUUUUCUUCUUUGCCUGGACCACCAGUGUCUCCAUGUCCCACUUUCGCUGUUUGGCCACAUGUCUCAGCCUCGCCCUUUUCUCUUCUUCAGCAGUCUGUUUCUUGGCCAGCUGAGCACUGCCAGAUGCUUGGGAGCCAUACUUGCUCUGUUGUUGCUGCUUUUCUUCCUGAUUCAUCUUCUGCUGGCGUUUGUAUGUGGCUGCUGCAGAGUUGAUGUUCUUGCAUAGUGUUCUGUCCACCUCCCCGAACUUGGACUGCAGGGUGUACUUGACCGUCUGGAUUGCAUUAAAUGUUGGUACAUUUAUGUUGCCACUCCUUUGGUCAAUAACAUCAUUCAGCCAACUAAAAGAAGACUCAACCCUUGGUCCGUGAAAGAUGGAGAGGCAACAUUUAACCAUCGCACUCAGGGAGGGGUACUUAUCUGGCUUGUCAAAGACAUGACCCCACCAGGAUUAAGGACCACUUGACCCUUCAACCUUGUCAGUCCCCUCACCUAAAAUCAUCCACACGUCCUGGAAAAACGAGUUGUAGAGAUUUUAGAAAGUAGUACAUUUUCUGUUUUGUGAUUUACCCUAAGCUAUACAAGCUUACUUUAGUAACGAUAUCUAGCUAAUGUUAGACUAACGGUAGCGUUAGCUUAUAAUUUUCCACCGGAGCUGCUCAAUGAGUUAAGUGUGACGUCACGUUUCCAUAGCAACUGCUUUUUGGUUCUACACAAACAAAUUAACAAGGGGAAAUCCUAUGCCACACAAACGUUUUAUAGAAAAGGAGCGAAUUGAUUUGCUUUACCAAUGAUGUAAGUAAUAUUGAGAAUAGAUUGUCUUCAUAUAAAAAAAAACGAAACUAACGUUUACAAACUUUUCCUUUUAAUACCCCAGGGGAAUACAUAAACGCCUCGACAUGUUUCGAUUGGUAAUAAUUUCUAGAUAUUGAUUUAUUUUAAUUUUCAAAGAAACACAUGGAAGCAAUGGAAAAUGCCAUCUCUCGUUGGGUUGUUUAGAACUGAAAAUCCGGUUGCAAGAGGGGUAUUCCACAAAGCCAGUUUUAUCACAUAACCGGGUAAGUUAACCCAGGGUUUGCGGUAAUGCCCUUUUGACGAGAGGCCGGUUGAUAUCGGAGCGCAAAUUCGUGCAAUUCACAGAGAGAGAUUAAUUAGACCACGGCUCGACAUAUUGUCCUUUCCGGAGGACUUUUUGCUGGAGAGUAGGGCUGCACAAUAUAUCGAAUUUUUAUCGCGAUGACGAUAUUGGCUUCCCACGGUGACAUGUUGUGUUCUCGCGAUAUUUUCGCGAUAUUUCUUUUAAAUAAUGCUUCCACAAAAAAAGGAAAACGAAAAAAGAAACGAGCCCCGCCCAUGCAGUAUACGCUCUACCUCCGCUGCAAACCAAGCGCUCCCUGUACACCUGCGGUCUGCGACUGCGUGAGUACAUCGGCGGCGGCGCGAAGCCUGGAAAAGACCGAUUACUUUGAAAGACAAACACAAUUAGGCCUACAAUGUCUGAAGCAGUUGAGGUCGACGAGCUCGUCCCUCGUCGCGGAUCUUCUUGCGUUAUAUGGGAAUAUUUCGGAUUUAGGCCAAGUGAUACAAACCAGCAAAAAACAAUGUGCAAAGGGUGCCGGAGAGUUGUGGCUGCUUCGCAUGGCAACACAACAAAUUUAUUCAGCCACCUGAAAGCACACCACAGAAUCCAAUAUGAGGUUUGCAUGAAGGCCAGAAGUGUUGCAUCGGCUGCUAACGUCAGCUGUCCCGGUCCCUCGUCAGCUGCAGCUCAGACUUCAAUCAUGGCUAGCAUGUACAGCGCAACACCAUAUGCCUCCAAGUCACAACGACACACAGAAAUCACCGAUGCAAUAACUUUCCAUUUGGCAAAAGAUAUGUGUCCAAUAAAUACCAUAAGCAAUGAAGGGUUUAAAAAAAUGGUUAACACACUGGACAAAAAGUAUGUAAUCCCCUCGCGAAAUUAUUUUUCCACAGUUGCAUUACCUGCACUGUAUGCAAAACGCCGAGGAGAAAUAGAGAGGGAUCUCACAGCUGUCGAGUACUUUGCCACUACCACUGAUCUAUGGUCAAGUAGAACGAUGGAACCGUACAUGAGCUUGACAGUUCAUUUCACCGAUGAUGAUUUUGCGAUGCAGAGUAGAUGCCUGCAAACUGCAUUUUUCCCGCAAGACCACACGGGAGAGUUAAUUGCCCAGGGACUGAGGGAAGCGAUGGCCUCUUGGGGCUUGCAGGAGGAGAGACUUGUCUGCAUUACAACAGACAAUGGGUCCAAUGUUGUCAAGGCAGCUUCUCUCAAUAACUGGACUAGGCUGCAGUGCUUUGGCCACAGGCUCCAUCUAGCAAUAGAGAACGCAAUGAAAGACCCUCGAAUUGACAGAGCAGUGGGUCUCUGCAAGAAGCUGGUAAGCAGCUUCUCUUACAGCUGGCAGCGUAAAAGGCAGCUAGCAGAGGCACAGAGGGAGUUGAAGCUGCCAGAGCAUACGCUCAAGACCGAGUGUCCCACAAGGUGGGGAUCAAGGCAGGCUAUGAUUUCUAGAGUCCUGGAGCAGCACAAGGCCAUUGCUCAAGUCUUGUCCGAUGACCGAAAGGCCAGACACCUCAUCCCGAGCUGGCAGGACACAGACAUCCUGGAGUCCAUCAGUAAAGCCCUUCAACCUCUCACCGAGUUCACUGAUGCACUUUCCAGCGAAAAGUACGUCAGUGUUUCCUUUGUGAAGCCUGUCCUCCACCUGUUCAGGUCCUCCAUCCUUAAAGUGCAGGAUGAUGAGUCAGAUCUCACCUGCACCAUCAAGAAUAAAAUCAUGACCUACUUGGACGACAAGUACAACGACCCUCUCACACAGGAACUGCUAAAUGUGGCCUCUUUGCUGGAUCCCCGGUUCAAGCUAAGCUACACCAGUGAGGACGAUGUUGGACCAAUCCAAACCCGGCUGAUUUUGGAGAUGGGGAGGACUGCACAUGCAGCCAUGGCAGAGUUGGGCCAAACUGAUCCACAUGGUGAGACUGCUGAGGAUGUCACACAUCCAAAAAAGAAAAAGACCUUGGGGAGCUUCUUCAAGACCACUGAGGGAACCACACCGAGACCCUCUCCCGAGCAGCAACAACAGGCUAUAGCCUCUGAGCUACAGUCUUACCUACAGUCAGGUAACCUAGACACUGAGGAGGACCCGCUGAGCUGGUGGAGGGAACACCAGCGACUCUACCCACGACUCGCAAAGCUGGCAAAAAAGUACUUGUGCAUCCCGGCUACAAGUUCCCCUUCAGAGAGGGUUUUUAGCACUGGGGGAAAUUUGGUGACCUGCCUUCGCUCAUCCCUCAUGCCAGAAAUUGUUGACAGGCUGGUGUUUCUUGCCAAAAACCUGUAAACUCUAAGGCAGUGCCCUUUCUGCAUAGUCCUGCAUUUAAUUGUUUUGAUUUUUUUUUUUUCGCUUCUCGGAGGUCACCUGAAUAAUAACCUAUUUUACAAGUUCAACAUAAAUCGUUUACAAUUUAAACAUUGUAGAAUCUUUGCCCUGUUUUAAGUUGGUGUUAUGUUUAUGUUAUGUAUUCAAGUUUAUGUUAUAUAUUGUGUUAUGUUAUGUAUUCAAGUUUCCUUGAAUGUUCAAUAAAAAAAUGUAUCACUAAAAUCAAUGAAUAAUCGUGGUAAAUAAUCGUGAUAUCAAUAUUGAUCCAAAUAAUCGUGAUAAUCAUUUUGGCAAUAAUCGUGCAGCCCUACUGGAGAGAUAUCGUU